AUGACGGAUAACCUCUUUAUCUAUGAUGCCUUUCAGCCCGGAGAAUCAUGGGACGACGAUUCUCGGUACGCCCCCACCCCAGGUAACUUCGGCCGUUCCACCGUAUACUCUCCUAGCCCCUCCCCGCAUCAUACCUUGCCACAACCGCCGUUGGAUCGACUCGGGUUCCUCCCAUUGGCUGAAUGGGAGAGAGGAGGCGAAUACGAUCAGCAGCCACCGCGAUACGUCUGCUACACAGUCAAGUGGAAACUGCUGCUCAAUAAUAAGCCGGUGGGUAAUGUGACUGAGAAGGACCUGGUUGUAGCUCCUAGCCGGUUCUGGGAGAAGUAUUUAAAAGUGGAUUUGGACAAUAUGGUGCAAACAAAAAGGAAGCCUAACCAACGGGUUCGAUCUGAAAGUACAACCAUUAAGGUCGAGGUCGAUGAACGAAAGCAGUGUCCGCUGGAACAGUUCUAUAACGCCACCACCAUUGACUGGGCGCCCAUCGAAAGACAAUUAUGUAAAUGGAGUAAUUUACUUCGCAUCGCUAAAAAGCUUACCGUUAGCAUUGCCUUUAGCUAUAGGCAGGAUGACCACGGAAAUAAUGCAUCCCCGGUCAGGAAAGGCGAGAAAAGGGGCCGUGUGUCCGCCACAAAUAUUAUGCUUGCUGAGCGUGAUGCAUAUAUUGCUGAAGAAGAAGAGCGAACUGGGCGACCCUCUGCGUGGAACACUGUAUAUGAGCUCAUGCAAUGCAACGUCCGCUCAUGCCAGUUGAACUCUGACUGGUGCUGGGAAGAUCCAAAAGACAGCAAACACUACAAACUCAGAGAGCCACACAUCGAUCGACUGGUUGAUUAUGUGGAAAAGGGCGGCAAACUCGAGAGCCAUGGUGAUGUGCCACACGAUAUCCGUCGACCUACUUCUGGAGAGUCAGACAGGAAGAAAAUCUAA